GGAGCAGCAUCUGCGGCUGGGAAUCAAGUGCACUGCUCGGUCUCGAUAGUUUUCUCGUUUCUUCCCGCAGAUAUGAGCGAGAACAGCGGACUGAACUCGCAUUCCUAGAUGUCCCGUUCAAUUUGGGUUUGAAAUGAAAUACUUCCUCACGUCUGAGGAUUUUAUUGUGGACUCCAAUGGCUUUUAAAGACUCCUGAGGGGGGAUUCGACCUGGACAGAACUGUACCUAACGUUACCUGUCAAUAUGUCCAGCUGGAGUGUGAUGGUCUGCAUGCACAGGGCUUAUGGAAUAUAGCCUGUUCUGUCACCAUUUUUACGCACUCUCUGUCAGUCCCGUGAAGAAGAAACUGGGGCUCCUCUUCGUUAUGCUGCUCCUCUGGGUCUACAUGCUGUACUCCUGCGUGGGCUACUGUGCCACUAUGCCACCGAGUUUAGUUGUGGACAAUAAUAAUAACAACCGAGCGAAGGAGACGGAUUUCCUCGGGAAAUAUGCCGAGGCAGAAAGUGGCCGGCCGGACCUGAUGAUGUCCAAGCUCCUGUCCAGACCGCAGAGCUCGUGGACGGAGGUAGAGUCAGAUUAUGACGAGCCUGCGGUCAGGAGAGCUCCCAGAGACUUCUCUAAAGAUGAAGCGGACGCGGACCGAGCUGAGGAGUCGGACGACGGCAGGAGAGUUUCUCUACUGUCAAGUUUCUCCAACGGCUCGGGCAGUAAGAAGCUGCCUCAGGCGAUCAUCAUCGGCGUGAAGAAAGGCGGGACGCGCGCGUUGCUGGAGUUUCUACGAGUGCAUCCAGAUAUUCGCGCGGUCGGAGCGGAGCCUCACUUCUUCGACCGUAACUAUGACAACGGAAUGGACUGGUACAGGGACCUAAUGCCUAAAACCCUGGAGGGACUUAGAGACUUCUACAGACCUUUCAACAUGAAGUUCUACCAGAUGACUGGACAUAACUUUGGUUGGGAUUAA